AUUUCUAUAAAUAAAACCCUCCACUUUGAAGGAGAAGCACCACCAAACAAAAUGGAGUUUAGCAGCAAAGAGUUCAAGGUUGGAAAAUGUGAGGGCCAAAAGGAAGUGGAUGGAGAAACCAUGCCAUUGGUUCUACAGCCUCCUGAAUCAGACAAGGCCAACUUUGAUUCCCUUUUAUUGGCUCUGCAAAACAACAAAGAUUGGUUGGACCAAAUGAUUAUCAAACACAGCGCUGUUUUACUCCGAGGAUACAACGUGUCGAAACCCGAGGAGUUCAACGAGAUUGUCGAAGCCUUCGGGUGGGAAGACAUUCGAUACGUCGGUCCAGCUCCUCGAACUCAUAUUUAUAAGAGGAUUUGGACUGCUAAUGAAGGACCCCUCUCUGAGUUCAUUUACUACCACCAUGAGAUGGUUUUGAUAAAGGAAUAUCCAAAGAGGGUAAUCUUGUACUGUGAGAUACCACCUCCAGAAGGUGGAGAAACGCCAUUUGUUCCAAGUUUCAAAGUAACAGAACGAAUGGUGAAGGAAUUCCCAAAGGAAGUUGAAGAAAUGGACAAGAAAGGCUUGAAAUAUACCUUCACUGCUCUUAGCAACAAUGACACUUCCUCUAUGAGGGGCAGAGGCUGGGAGGAUGCUUUUGGUUCAUCAGAUCGUUAUGAAGCAGAAAAAAGGGCUAAUGCGUUGGGGAUGGAGGUAGAGUGGCUGCCAAACGGCGCGAUGAAGACGAUACUGGGACCGAGGUGCCUAACAAAGGUGUUUGAUGGAAGGAAAGGAAGAAGAAUGUGGUUUAACACUAUGGUGGGGAUGCAUGGGAAGGAGCAUAGCUCUGCUUUAAUGGCGGAUGGGAUGGAGAUUUCAGAACACGUUGUGAAGAGAUGCCAGCAGAUAAUUGAAGAAGAAAGCAUCCAAUUCAAAUGGGAAAAGGGGGAUGUUUUGUUUUUGGAUAACUAUGCUUUGCUCCAUGGAAGAAGGCCUUCUCUUCCUCCUAGAAGAGUAUUAGUUGCAACCUGCAAGUAGUUGUUUCUCUACUAUGCUUGUGGUUUAAUGAAUAAAAAGUAUAGUUUUUUGUUA